CGCGCUUACAUGACGCUUCUGUUUAAUGAGGACUAGCAGGUAAGAAGCCCGUUCCUCGGCCAUUUGUUAUCAUAACAGUAAACGCGUGGCACUCGGCUUUAUAACCGGACAUCAGGAUGGUGAGCAGUCAGGUAAAGGCCACAAGGCGCUAUAAGCCACCUAAAGACUAUCUGUGUGACGGGUCACCGCUGCCAGCAGAGCCUCCUUCUAACGCAGACGGAUCGAAUCUACCGGUACCGGCCCAGAAUGCAUCAGGGGGCAAUAAAGCCAAGAGCAGCUGUCAAACAGGACCAAAAAAACACAAGUCAGCUUCUGAAAAGAAGUACCUUGGAGUCCGAGUUAGAAUGCCAGUGCGGGACAUGCUCAGAAAUAUACGGAUAGCCAAUGGUAUUGACCCUAAAGAUCUGCAGGGAAAACAUUUAAAGACAUCUAAAGGGGAUAAGAAACGAGUUAACACAGGUGGAAACCGGAGACGUUUUCUGAAGAAACCUCAAACCAAAAGCCUAGAGGAGCUUGCAAUUAUAGUAGAAGUGCUGGAGGAGGAUCUCAAGACCUGUCAGUCAAACAGAUUGCCAAACAAAAGCCCUUUGGCUUCAUACUCUUCUGAGUCCUGGGUUGAAGAUGCAUCUCCACAUGGUGUCAUGAACACAUAUGGCCAGGAGAAUGAGGUACCUUUGUCUCCAAGCUACUCUGUGCCCUCCGCAACCUCCCCUGUCCAUUCGGUGUCCAGCUCCUACCCAUCCCCUACUUACAGCCAGGGUGCCGAUGUCUUCAUGGGGGAUCAGAAAGACUAUAGCAGUUAUGAGUCCGAUAAAUACAGGUAUGAUGAUCUAAAUGGAAUAAACUCAUGCGAAUACCAGGUGCCUUCUCCCCAAGAGUCAUUCAGCGCCAGUCCCAACCCAGAAGUCUGGGAUGUUUCUUCUCAGAAGAUGAACUAUACACCAUGGCCACAUUCUCAGCAGGGAGAGUGGAGCAGUAUGACCUUCUUCUGGACUCAAAUGGAAAGAGAGGAGAAUAUGCUAAAAAACAUAUCUGACCAGGAGCUUCUUGCUGUAGACAAAAACGGAAGGAUUCUUUUACACAGAGUUGUUGAAGAGGGAAAGAGAUCCCUUGUGUACGUUAUUGCCAGAAGGAUGGCGGCUCUGAAGAAACUGGAUAUCAAAGAUUCAGAGGGAAAGACUCCCCUUCAUCUUGCUGCACAGAAGAAUCAACACUUCAUGGUGGCUGAUUUGGUGUCACUUGGUGCAAAUAUCAAUGUGAAGGACCGGUAUGGGAAAACAUGUCUUCAUCUCAGUGCAGAAAAUGGAUAUAUUCGAGUGUUGGAGGUCCUGAAAGGUUUGAUGACAAAUGGCGUGUAUAUUAAUUUGGAGGAAAGAGAUGCAAACGGGCUCAGCGCGUUGCAGUGUGCGGCAGUCGCUCUCAACCACACGGUGCGCGAGCUGGAGCUGUGCGAGUCUGCAGGACGGGUCAGACUGCACACCCUUCUCAAGGAGCAGAUGAUGGAGACGCUAGAGUGCCUCCUUCAAAUGGAGUGCUGUUUACACGCUCCGGCCAGAAACAACGUGAUUUAGGAGCGGUUCGGUUGUGGCUGCUUCGGAGUUGUUUUCUCUGUCAAGCCAGGCAGUGCUUUUAACUGACGGUAAAUGUUUUUGAGUGAAUACAAGCUUUUACUUGCCGCUGAAGACUAAAUGUACAUACACGAAAGGAGGAUGAGGAUAGUCUUCAAGUCAUGGUAAAGCUAUGUAUUAUGCAACUGUAGAUUUUGUUCAGUGUUCAGGUGAAAAGGGAGGAACAAAAACACAACGGUUGCCCAUUAGCUGGUUUCUGUGAAACUUCCACUGUUAGUUACAUUUGAGUAGCAAAAUGUUUAAAACAGAAUAGAACUGUGGUAAGACCUACGAGUCUGUCAAAUACCACCAUUCCUAUUUGCUCCAAGAGCAAAUAGUUUUGAGAUUGAUGUUACUGUAAUGGUUAUGUUUAUUGCUGUACAAAACCGAAAGCAAAAAAACGUGUCAGCAGCGGAACUGAUUUUUUUUGAUUUGAUAAUAUUUUUUCCCACUCUAUUUUUCUCCGAAUCUGACAACAUUUUGACACAAAAAGCAUUUUUGUAAUUUUGCUUUUGCGCUAAUGCUAAUGCAUUUACAACAAAAAUACAUACACAUUGCUGGUGUUAUUUUCCCUUUUACAAAGCUGCCAAUUAACAUUUGAGAUCAGUGUUUUAAGGACUUAAUGGAUCUAUUCAGAAAGGACGCAUUAAAGUGACAGUAACAUAUUUAUCUGUCAAGCUAUUCUUAUAACGAUUUCUACAAAAACAUUAAGCCCUGAAACUGAUUUCAGCAUUAAUAAUAAUAAGUCUUGUGCAUAUAACAAUGAUUUCUGAAG